AUGGAUCUAUACCAACAGAAAUGCGAGGCACCAAAGAAACAAGGUGUCCGGUUAGGACUAGUGAGCGGUUCGGGCUACGGUAUCUCAUUCUUGGCUCUCUAUUGCAUCAAUUCCUUAUGUUUUUACGUUGGUUCCUGGUUAAUCCAGAAGAGGAUUGCCACGUUUGGAGAAUUCUUUCAGGUUUUCUUUGCGAUAACUAUGACCGCACUAGCAGUGUCUCAAACGAGUGCUAUGGCACCUGAUAGAAACAAAGCCAAAGACUCUGCUGCUUAUAUUUUCGAGAUACUUGAUAGUAAACCGAAAAUCGAUUCGAGUUCCAACGAGGGGGCAGUGUUACCAAUUGUGCACGGUCAUGUCGAGUUUCAACACGUCAGUUUCCGGUAUCCGACACGACCAGAUAUUCAGAUUUUUAGUGACUUAUGCUUAACUAUCUCCUCUGGACAGACCGUGGCAUUGGUUGGAGAGAGCGAGAGUGGGAAAUCUACGGUGAUAAGCUUAAUCGAGAGAUUCUACGAUCCAGAUUCAGGCAAAGUUCUCUUGGAUCAAGUUGAUGUUCGAAUAUUGAAACUGAGUUGGUUGAGGCAACAGAUGGGUUUGGUUAGUCAAGAACCGGUUUUAUUCAACGAGACAAUCAGAUCAAACAUAGCUUAUGGCAAAACCGGUGAAGCCACGGAGGAAGAGAUCAUAACCGCGGCCAAAGCAGCUAAUGCGCAUAACUUCAUAAGCACGUUACCGCAAGGCUACGAAACUUCGGUAGGUGAACGCGGUGUACAGUUAUCCGGUGGUCAGAAACAGAGGAUCGCCAUAGCUAGGGCUAUUCUCAAGGAUCCUAAGGUUUUGUUGCUUGACGAAGCAACAAGCGCGUUAGACGCGGAGUCUGAGCGGGUGGUGCAGGAUGCGCUUGACAGCGUGAUGGUGAACCGGACCACGGUUGUGGUGGCUCACCGGCUCAGUAUGAUUAAGAACGCGGAUGUUAUUGCGGUUGUGAAGGACGGUGUGAUCGCCGAGAGAGGGAGACAUGAAACGUUAAUGGAGAUAUCAGGUGGUGCUUAUGCUUCGCUUUUAGCUUUUCACAUGAGUGCGAAUUGA